AAUGCCGGUGGCACUGUAACUACAGGCAUUGGAGCUGGUAAUCAGGCACCUGAAACACAUGGAGUUUCAAACAUUGCUGUGGCUUGGCUUUCUCUCAGUGUGCUGGCUGGAGCUCAAACCAAAAAAUUUCUCUGACCCAUCCAAUGGCGACCGUUAUGGUGGAAAAUCUCCAGUUUAGCGACACAGAAGAAGAUGUCCGAAAGGUGUUCGGUAAGUUUGGAAAGUUGGUGGAAGUAAGGAUGGGGCGAACCCGGGCGUUUGUGACUUUUGAAGACCUCUACGACGCCAAGGACGCUGUGCGCGGCGCCGAUGGUCAUAAUGGAAUGAGAGCAGCUUCAUUCUGUGACGGUUGGAUGGUCAAGCUUCAUUCUGUCGAGAAGCUUCCGAACCUGCAAAUCCACAACAACCAACAUUUUCUGCCCCCUAGAAGGCUCUACACCACUCAAGAGUUGGCAUAUUUUAUUAAGAACCGGCUGCCUGUUCCUCCAAUUCCCGAAGAUGUACCGGAGGUUCCGUAUGACCUUGAGUCUCUUCGAAAGACAUCGAGUUUUGGAAGUUUUAAUGCCGGUGGCACUGUAACUAGAGGCAUUGGAGCUGCUAAUCAGGCACCUGAAACACAUGGAGUUUCAAACUUUGGUGGAAAUUCCGUUGGUGUUCCUUUGAUACGUCCACCAACAAAAACAGUGGUUUAUCCAAUAUAUCUGGCUGAGGCUGGAGCUGCUCAUGGACAGCUGACUGAGGGUCCAUCUGCUAGGACGGACAACCUGCCUCAGGCUGUGGAUGGAGCUCAGAGCAUAGGACCCCCACCUCAAGGGAAUUGA